AUGAUAAGAAAACGAGCCCCCGGGACGAGCUGGGACAACCCAGACGAACUCAGUCUCGCCGUGUUCCCCUACGAGCUCCAAGCCGCCGUUUUCAAAGCCGCAGUCGCCCCCCCGCAAAUCAUCUUCACAGAGAUCAAAGGCGACGAAAUGAUAUUUUCCGAGCCGAUCAACAAAGGCCUCGCCCUCGCCUGCAAACUCUCCCGCGAGUUCUACCUCCGCUGCAAGACACGCCACCGCUUCAACCGGCACCUGACCUGGGUCGAUCCCGGCCGUGACAUCUUCUACCUCCACAAGGACAACCACCUCUUCCGCAGCCAGCGCCCAGCCUCACCUCAAACCGUCACCGUCCCAACCAUCGGCUUCUACAACAAGGCCGUCGUCAAGAACAUCGCCGUCGACCUGCAGUACCUCGGCCCCCACCCGCGUCACGAAGCCCUCGUCCGUCUCUGGACCAUCUUCCCAGCCCUCCGGUCGGUGCACGUCCUCGUCCCGAAGGGAGAGCCGGGAACCCCGACCCCGAUCACGCGACCGGACACUCUCGUCCUGUCGGACAUGCCCAUCCGGCAGAUUGUCGCCGCGCCGGGCUGCGCCAAUGAGCUCUGGCUUGCGGUGCGCUAUCAGAUGAAGAAAGUGUGCGGGCGUAUUUUGGAGACGGAGGAGGCUUGGUCUCAUCGUCAGGUCCCGGAUGUUUUUGGGCAUUUGGCUGGUUUGGUGCCGUCGGCAGAGGAGGGAGAGGGAUUGGCGGAGGUGGUAUCGAAGGCGUUGGCUGAGGGUGGGUUUGGCAGUGACGCUAGCGACAAGUAG